UUGCUAUUUAACAUUCGAUUUGAUAAAACGUGUUGUGCCGCGAAAACCAAAAUCCAACCAGCCAAAGCAUAGCAAACAAAAUAGAAAUAAAAUUUCAACCGGCUCUCAGUGUGUGUGUAGUUUUGGGCCAGAACCAAAAUCCAAACUCAACCAAACCAAAUCCAAUAAAAUUCUUUCAAAACAACAACAAAAAUAUCGUAACAAUUUGGCAUUCUACGCCUUUGUCCCAUCAUUAAAAUUAUUAAUACAACAUAGUUUUGUGCAGAGUGGCCAUACGAUUAAAAGAAGAAAAAAAAAAGAAAAGAAAUAAGAGCGCCAAAUAGCAACAGUUUACACUUUUCUCGGUGGCAAAGAACGUCGCCAGAAUACAAAAAAAAAGGUUAACCGUCCAUCCACAUUCACUUGGUUAGAAUUGUGCGUGUGUUUGUGUGAUGGAGCGUGCUUGAGCCAAGCAGAAUCGAUUGAAGUGUUAAUUGUGCUACCAACAACAGUAGAAGGGCAAAUUGAAAUUGAAAAAGAAGAAACCAAGAAUACUCCAAUUCCGUUAAAAUAGUGAACAUUUGCAAAGCAAAUGAUCACACAGCCAAAGAAAGUUCUAAGCAACCAAACAAAUUGAAGGGGAAAAAAAUUCAAGAAACAAAAAAACCAACAAAAAACACCUACUCUUCUACUUUAGAGCGCGAGUGUUGAGUUCAUUCAUAAAAAGGUACGUGCGUCAUAUCCAGUUUGAAGAAAUAUAUUUGUUUUAAGAACACACCGCAAUAAUUUCAAAUAAAAGAGUUCACUUUCUUUUACUUCAACGUCCGUCUGCUUGUGGUCCUCCUACAUCUUCUCCCCAUCGCCCUCAUCUUCCGAUUGGAGCAGGUGUUACGGAAACCAGGCUAAUACUGAACACAGCCAUUGAAGGCAAAUCCUAGCCGCCAACAACAACGUCAAACGUUUUCCUUAGCGGCCGCCCUCGCAUUUAUAAUUAGAAUUUAACAAGCAGCGCGCAAAGAGCGGAUUGGAGUGGAGUGAAACUACAUCCAUUAUACAGACAAUUUUCAAUUGAAUUGCAAAACAUUUUGGAAGAGUGGAAACAAAGACAGCAUCUUACAAAAGUUGUUUUCGGAGAAAAAAAAAUCGUUUGGGCGCUAACAUGCAAGAGACAUCAUUAGAUUUUGCCAAAGCAUCACAUCAAUCAAGUGUUUAUUGUUAAAAUCCAAAGCAACACCCAGCAAUAAAUUUGCACAGCAAAACAAAGAAACUAAACCUCAAAAGGAGUCAAUUUUAGGCCACAAAGCAACAUCCCACAACAAAUACGAAUUUUGUUGCUCAUUGAUAAAAGGAAUCUGCAAUCAAGACCAAAUUGUACAUAGUCAUCUGACAGUCGGAGGAGGACAACAAACCAGCAAAAUGCGCUUAACUAUAAUAAUUUUAGCCUUAGUUUUACACAUAGCAUGUGGGCAAUACCACCAAUCGAGCGCAUCGGUGGGGGUAAAUUUCGAAAAUAUUGCGCCACCCCAUACAACAGGAGGCGCCAUGGCAGCCUCACACAGCGAACAGGAAAAACCCCGCACCAGACGCAUGUAUGCCAUGUGUCCGCCCAAUUUCCAACGCAUCGGCACCGAGUGUUUCUCACUGCCCCCACAACAGGGCAGUUGGUUGGAGGCUCAUUUCUUCUGCAAGGAUAAGAACGCCCGUUUAGCCGAACCGGAAAAGUACUCAAAUCGCAAGCUAAGAGAUUUCCUCUUGAAACAUGAUGCCCAAAACGGAAAUACGGAUCCCAUAUGGAUAGGUGCCACUUACGAUUGGGUUAACAAAAUGUGGCAAUGGAGUAUUAGCGGACGUAACUUGACCUACAGUGAUUUCUCUCCAAAAUAUAAUGAACAAAACUUGGAAAAUCAUUGUGCCGUUUUUGAUCCAGAAUUGAAAUACAGAUGGUCAUCACGUACCUGUGUGGAUAAACAUCGCUUCAUAUGCCAACAUAAAAUGCCGAAGGUUAGUGAGAAGAAUCGUCACAAGGUCUACCAUCGUUGGAAUGCCACCUAUCCCAAUCAAUUGGCCAAUGAGGUUAUUUUGGAAGUGAUCGAUCGUCAAGGAAAAGGAAGAUACAAUCGCCGCGUCAUAGCAGAUGGCAGCAACGAAGAAAUGGUAGUGCCCACACGCCCAGGCCACAACCGUCGCCGACGUCCACAACGUCCCACACCUGAAACUCCCAGUGAGAAUGAUGUCAACUAUGCAAAUCCCACCCAUCCCAAUGAUAUACAGCAAAACUACACUCCCACCAGACAUCCUCGUUUCCGCACCACCACUCUCUAUCCCUCCACAGCGAACACCAACGACAACGAAAUCCUAGCUCCCCAUGAAGUGGUCACCCCUUCGCCCGGCAACUUGGAGAAACGUAGAAAUGGUCCUGGCCGUACCCAAUUGGAUCGCAAGCUACAAAGACAACGCGAGAAGGAACUGAGACGCUUGCAGCGCAAACGUGAGAGACAAGAACGCAUGCGCGCCGAGAAACAAGAGCGUUUGCGAAGACAACGCGAACAAAGGGAACAAGAGAAACGUAGAAUGCGCGAAGAGAAAAUGAGACAACGUCAAUUACAGCAGCAGCAACAGCAACAGACGCAACGUGACUUGGAUGAGAUACGACAGAAGGAGAAUGAGGCCGCUCAGCAGAGACAGCAACGCGAGAAGCAAAUGCAGGAUCAUCAAAAUGAAAAGUUACAGGAGAUCGAAGCAUUAAAGAAGCAAAAGGACGAGGAGGAACGUAAACGCAUGGAAGACGAGGCCGAAGAGAGAAGACGACAGGAUUACUUGGCGAAAAUGCGCGAGCAAGAACAACAGGAGCGAGCCAGAGCCGAGGAGCAACGCAAGCAAGAGUAUGAGAAGAGAUUAGAAGAUGAACAAAAGGAGCAAGAAGAGCGCCAACGCAUGGAAGAGCAAAGACGCAAGGAAUACGAGGAACGUCUGAAGCAAGCCGAAGACGAGAGAGCUCGUCAGUUGGCCGAAGAGCAGGAACGCAAACGCUUGCACGAUGAGGAGAAUCGUCGACAAAUCGAGGAGGAAGAAAAACAAAGGCAGGCAGAGCAAAAGAGACGACUGGACGAAGAGGAGGAACGUCAGCGACUCCAGAGGUUAGAGGAAGAGCGCCGCGUUGAGGAACAAGAAUUGGCUCGUCUGCGCGAAGAACAAAGAAAACGUGCCGAAAUCCAACGCAAACGUGAAGAGGAAAUCAAACGCCUGGAGGACGAACAGAAGCGCAUUGAGGAGGAGGAGGCUCGCAUUAAAUACGAACUGGAGGAGGCCGAGAGACAGCGUAAAUACGAAUUUGAAGAGGAAACCAAACGGGCCGAAGAAGAGGCCAAAGCCAAAGAGGAGGAAAGAAAGCGCAUGGAAGAGAAGGAGGAAAGGGAACGCCUCGAGAAAAUAGAAAUGGCCAAGCGCAUAGAAGAAGCACGCAAAGAAGAAACCAAAAACGAAGUUAAAAACAACAUACGAAACCGUCUCGCCUCCCUGUCGCCGGAGCUGCGCAAGGAGUUCCUGGAAAAGCGCCGACAGCGAAAGAAGGAGAAAGAGAUGCGCGAGAAAAGGGCCUAUCUGUCCGCUGAAACGAACGACGCGGCCUAAAACACUCCCACGAAACUAAUUCGACCAUACGAAUAAGCGAACUUUUAAGCUUUCACACUUCCACUUUAUACACUUCUCUCUCGCUCUAGCUCUCGGAACGCAAUCCCUUAGCAGGAAAAGAGCAGAAGUUUUGUUUACUCUCUUGUUGUUGGCGGAUAAGAGAGCUGAGAAACAUUUUCUACAUAACUUUAGUUUUUUUUUUUUUUUUUUUUUUUACUAAACCUAAAUAUUCAGUAUAAGAAAACAACAACAACAACAACAAAAGCAACGUUUCGUUUUGAAAAAAAAAGAAAAUUCACAAAUAUACUCUGUUGCAUUAUCGAACGAUUCAUUUUGGUUGAUUUUUUUGUUCCCGGGCUCAUUUCCUUCUCCCGCUGACACCUGCCUGGCACUCGACACCAACUUUUAAUCUUGCAAAGAGCGUCAAAGAAAAGGAGAAAGCCUGCGCAGUUGCGGGUUUUUGUUUUUUCAGAAACAUUAAAAAAAUCAAAUGCCAAAAAACUUGGGUGAGAAAAUAUUUCAAGGAUAUUUUUGCGAAAACCCCACAUGAAUUGUAAAUAAACAAACAUAUCCUUAAACGAUGCUGAUUCCAGCAAAAUACAAUGCACCAGAUUUUUUUUUAAUAGAUUUUAACAAGUAUUCCCAAGCAAAAAACCAACGACACUCCCUGCCUGCCUGCUCUACACCCGGCCUCCGCAACCCAUCGUCAUCAUCAUUAAACAACUAAGAGAAGCCAAGCUAGAUUUCAAUACCUUAUACACGACCCCAUGGAUGCUAGAUGGAAUCAAAAAUCGAACGAAUGAACUUUCAACACAUUUUAAACUUUUUAAAAAAAUUACAAACGGUCUUCCAUUUUACUUUAUUUGUUAAACUUAAGUCAUGGAUUCCUCAAAAUCAAAUAUGAGAGCAAGUACUCAACCAAGAUAGAGGAACUUCGCAAGUCUCAAA